GUGCCAAUAGAGUAGGUCCCGAAGCGGAAGUGCUGUUUAGAGCCAGUUCUUAUAACGGUUUCCUCAGCAGCGAGUAGAAAAUCUGCUGUCCAGAAAGAGUGAGGUUGAGGGCGCGAGUGUCGGGGUCAUUGGCUGAAUUGAUGGGUAGUUGUGGGAGAUGAAUGAAGGGAGGUUUGUGAGGGUCACUGAUGUGGGCGGGGCAUUGGGAUGAGUGAUAGGGGACCGAGAGGGUCAGUGAAUGAGAGUCUUGGGCUCAAUGGUGGACAAAGUUAUGGGGCUAGUUAGGAUUCAGUGGGGCUUAUUAAAUUUCGACUUUCACACAUUUUUCAGCACUGUGACCUGUGCUGAGGCUUCAUGCUUAUCCCUCAGGCCCCUCUUUAGAUGCGCCCGCCUCUCCCUCUCCCCCUCUCCCUCCUCCAAGCCCCGAGGUGGGGGCUUGGCUUAAAUGCUCCAGCUGAGUGAAUUUGUACCUGAAGGCCUCUUUCUGGCUCCUGGGCUAGCAAAUCCCAGUGAGCUCAGCUUUCACACAUCUUUGCCUUUUCCCAAGAAAAUCAGGCAAUGGCCGAACUCCAGGAACUAGUGACAUUUGAGGACGUGGCUGUGGAUUUCACCCCAGAGGAGUGGAAGUAUGUGAACCCUGCACAGAGAAUCCUGUACAGAGAUGUGAUGCUGGAGACCUACAGCCACUUUGUCUCCUUGGGGCAGCAGGUUACUAAACCAGACCUCAUCCUCAAACUGGAGGUGGAAGAGCCAUGCCCGGCAGAAGGCAGAGUCCCAAUUGGGAGCUAUCCAGAAGUCUGCCAAAUUGAUGAACAGAUUGAGAGGCAGCAUCAGGAUGAACAAGAUAAAUGUCUGAUGCAAGUUGGAUUCCCUGACAAGAAAACAUAUACCACCACGAUUGGCUCUGAGUGUAAUGAAUUUGGAAACACACUUCAUUUGAGUACAAGGUUUGUCGUUCCAAUACAAAGACCCCAUAAACUCAAAUCAUUAGGAAGUAAUAUGGUAGAGAAUUUUGACUUAUUUAGAAACUCUGCAGAAAAGAAACAUAAUAAUGGAUGUGCAAAACUAUUCUUUCACACUGAAUAUGAAAAAAAUCUUAUAGUGAAACCGUGUGGCUAUAAAGAGUGUGGGAAAGCCCUCAGGCCAAAGAAAGGUCUUAGUCUUCAUCAGAGAAUUAAAAACGGGGAGAAGCCCUUUGAAUGUACUGCGUGUCAGAAAACCUUCAGCAAGAAGUCACACCUCACUGUACACUGGAGAACGCACACGGGAGAGAAACCCUUUAGUUGUACUGAAUGUGGAAAAGCCUUCAGCCAAAAAUCUCAGCUCAUUAUACACCUCAGAACUCAUACAGGAGAGAGACCUUUUGAGUGUCCUGAGUGUGGGAAAGCCUUCAGAGAAAAGUCAACAGUCAUCAUACAUUACAGGACUCAUACGGGAGAGAAACCUUAUGAAUGUAAUGAAUGUGGAAAAGCCUUCACUCAGAAGUCAAACCUCAUCGUCCAUCAGAAAACCCACACAGGAGAGAAAACAUAUGAAUGCACUAAAUGUGGGGAAUCUUUCAUACAGAAGCUUGAUCUAAUUAUCCACCACAGCACUCACACAGGAAAGAAACCCCAUGAAUGCAGUGAAUGCAAGAAGACUUUCAGUGACAAGUCAACCCUCAUUAUACACCAGAGAACGCACACCGGAGAGAAGCCACAUAAAUGUACUGAAUGUGGGAAGUCUUUCAAUGAGAAGUCCACCCUCAUUGUGCAUCAGAGGACCCACACAGGAGAGAAACCCUAUGAAUGUGAUGUGUGUGGAAAAACCUUCACCCAGAAGUCAAACCUGGGUGUACAUCAGAGAACGCAUUCAGGAGAGAAACCCUUUGAGUGUAAUGAAUGCGAGAAAGCCUUCUCUCAGAAGUCCUAUCUCAUGCUACAUCAGAGAGGCCACACAGGGGAGAAGCCCUACGAGUGCAGUGAAUGUGAAAAAGCAUUUUCUCAGAAGUCAUAUCUCAUUAUACAUCAAAGAACACAUACAGAAGAAAAACCCUAUAAAUGUAACGAAUGUGGCAAAGCCUUCCGAGAAAAGUCAAAGCUCAUAAUACAUCAAAGAAUUCACACAGGAGAGAAACCCUAUGAAUGUCUUGUGUGUUGGAAAGCUUUCAGCCAGAAGUCCCAGCUUAUAAUUCACCAGAGAACACACACAGGAGAGAAGCCCUACGCUUGCACAGAGUGUGGCAAAGCCUUCAGAGAAAAGUCAACAUUCACUGUGCAUCAAAGAACUCAUACUGGAGAGAAACCCUAUAAAUGUACAGAAUGUGGGAAAGCCUUUACCCAGAAGUCCAAUCUUAUUGUUCAUCAGAGGACCCACACUGGAAAGAAGGCCCAUGGGAGAGGCCACAUCCGGAAGUCAAAGUUCACUGGGCAUUAGAAAGUAAAGCAACAGCAUCUGCUGUGUACCCUGAAGGAAAUUUGUCAGUUUAAGGUUUUCAAAGUGUGUCCUAACUUCUGAUUUAAACAUGAGGAGUUAAAUUAGCCUUUCUUCUUUUCAUCUUGCCCUUCCCCAAAAUCAGUAGGAGAAAAGGAAGAGAUGGAAUCUCUGUAUCUAACAAAAUUAGGAAGUUAGCUGCAACCCAAGGGCUGCCAGAAGCAGAGGCAGUGAAGUGCCCAUGCAAGAGAUUCCAGGUCCACAGAUGGGUAUGGGUAAGGACUCUUAACUGAGGGUUGAGCAAGAUACGCUUCAAAGUGCUGGGCCCUGGGCAACUGGGAAACAGAGUGCAUAGGCAGGUGAAGGGUACCCUUAAGCAUUUGGGAUCUGAGGAGAAAUAAGGCUCUUAACAAGGAGUUAUUCAGACAAACUAUUUUCAGGAAGACAUCUGUACUGAUAGGAACAGUUGGGAUGAGGGAAGAGUAAAUAGCUGCCCCUCUUUACUGACUUGGGAGAAGUCAAGUCUGAAAUAAUUAACAAGUUUGUGUCAGGGGCCUCAGCAGUUAGAAAAACUGAUCCACCUGGAAUAUGGUCCUAGUUUCUUCCCUGACACAAUCCUCCAGCAAUAGCAAGUCUAAGGAAAACUAAUUCAAAGAGAAUGACACCGAUAAUCAAAACCACAAAUUAUUUUUUAAGCCAGCAGUUCACUUAUAAUGUAUAUACUCAAUGUACGAAAUGAACACAGAUUCACUGAUGCACUGUUUGCAAAAACAAAAGAUUGGAAGUUGUCCUAAUGAUAUCACCAGAGUUCUGCUUCCUGGAAUUGGGACAUAUUCACAGCAAAGUCUUAGGCUCACAAAAAUAAAUAAAGAGAACUUGCAUUAUUAUUUGUGUAGCGAUUGGGAUAAGCCCUAAGUUAUAAAGAAGGAAAAGCAAGGUGCAGCAUAGAGUAUAAUAUGCUACCAUGUGUAUAGAAACAGGAAAAUGUUAGUAUACAGUUAUACGUAUUUCUAAAACCCUGAUUAGCUCAGGGAAGGGGCAGUGGGAGGGUGGAGGGAUGGAACCGAUUGGGAGACAUCUAUGAAGCAUUUAUAGCUUUUGAAAAUUG